UCUAAAAGCCAUAACUCAAUAGCCAACGGUCGGAUUCGGGCUGCCAAAAUUCAACCAGUAAAUAUAACUUCUAAAUUAUCCAUCCAUCAACAAUGCCGUUCCACGACAGGGCCAAAGCCCGGUUGGAACACGAGGUGGUCCUCCUUCGAAAUGAAGUGGCUUCGCUCCGCUCUAAGCUAAUCCAACGCCGCAAGGUUCGCGAGGAACAGGCAGUGCACCAGGCGCGUCUGGAGCAAGAAAUCAAUGUGCUGCAGUUAGAACUAGCUGCCUCCAGGUGCGCUCGCAAAGAGCGGGAACGAGGUGGCGCCGAAGAGUGCUCUUUGCUGAACAAUCAGCUGGAGAAACUGGACGAGCACGUGGUGAAGCAGGAGAAGUAUAUAGCCUUUUUGGAGGAGCAAAUCAACCAAGUACGUAAUAAGUACCAUGAGCGGAUGAUCGAUGUCCGGAAGAAUGCCGAACUGGUAGAAAAGGAACUGAAGAGAGUGCGCUGUGAAAUGAAGACCAUUGCUGAGCAAGCCGGCGAGAUGGAUCACGUACAGCAGCAGGUCGGCUUCCUCAGCGCCAAGCUCGAACGCCGGAACUCUAUAAUCGCCAAGUACGAAAGCCAGCAAGAGGAAAUGAUGGCCGUCAUGGCACGUCUUCAGAAGCAUUAUGAUAAAACGAAGGGUAGAAGAGCAGAUACGGGCCAUCAUCGAAAGAGAACAUCCUCCAAAAAGGAUAAGGCUGAAUUGAUCGCUCCUGAUGAACCACCCGUUCAUAAGGAGAAAUACAAGUCUUCCAAAAGUAAACAGCUGAACUUUGUCUGUCUAUCCUCAGCUCUGAAAAAUAAACUAAAUACUCAGAAGGACGUAACUGCCGAUCAUUGAAUGGCACCAAGGAUCUCAUGACCAGAUUUAUUUAAUUUUAAAAGUUCAUUGGUUAGCAAAUCCAAUAAUCCGUUAAAAAAAUUCGUAUGUAAUUUUUAAUGCUUUCCAACAACAAAGAUAUAUAUAUAUAGUUAUUAUAUAAACUGACGAUGGGUAUAUGAACUAAACGGAACUUAGGUCAGCAAUUCGAUGUCGGUGGGCGUCGGUGUUCCAGGAACUCCCAGGUUUACAAGUUCAUUGACAAGCUUUUGGAUUAUCCAUUCAGCAAAAUAGAACAAUCGGGUUAAUGAUCUGGUUUAAUGGGCGGGUUUAUUUUGAUAUAUUUUGUGUAUUAAGCAUUUGCUUUAACAAUGUGAAGGAAGAUUAAAAGAAGUAAUGACGUUAUAAGUCAUCAAUCAGACUAACCAAAUAUAAUAAAAAACAAAAUUAAUUAA